AUGGCCAAUCUCAGUAUAACACCCGAACGCCUUCUAAUUGCGGCGGCAGUAUUACUACCAUACCUACUUCUUGUCAAGCGUCUUCGCUUCCAACGUGCCCGUAAAAUUGAGGCGAAGUUCAACGGACGUCCUCUGUCCAGCAUGACCGUGAAAGAAGCCCACGAGAUCUUCCGCGAACUGCGAGAACUAGAGUUCCCGUACACUCUCCACAGCGCUAUGAAGCUAUCACUACUGAAAACAGGAUCCAUUCCUACAAUGACCAAAUUAUUCGUCGCCACUCGCCAGCUCAACGAAAAGAAUGCGUCCAAACGGGCCGCAGAUACCGAAGUGGUCCUUAACGAGGUUCAUGAUAGAGAGCCCGGUUCCGAGUCCCAUCUAUUGGGAAUUGCACGGAUGAAUUACCUGCAUGCUCGGUAUCGCAAGGCGGGCAAAAUCCUGGACGAAGAUAUGCUGCAUACCCUUGGCUCUGCUGUUGUCGAUAUUGUCAGGGGUGUCGAUAGAAAUGAAUGGCGUCGGUUGACGGAUGUUGAAAGAUGUGCUAUCGGUGUGUUCCAUAGGGCGCUGGGAGAUGCGAUGGAAAUCCCCUUCACAUUCCUUCCUUCUCAUGAGACUGGUUGGAAGGACGGGAUACACUUCGCCCAGGAACUCUAUGACUGGACGAUGGCAUAUGAGAAGGCCGCAGCUCAACCGACGGAUUCGACGAGGUAUAUUGGUCGGAGACUGAUGGAAUUGGCCAAAUUGCGAAAGUUCAUACUGCGUUAUCUCAGCUUGCCGAGACCGGAUUCCAAAGCUGUGCAUGUGUUAAACGAUUCUCCCGACCCGUCCACGGGACUGUAUACCUGGAAUCUCUGGAUCGAACAUCCGUGGUAUAUCAAACCUACGGUUAAGCACAGAUGGGGACCGAAAGCUCUCUUAGUACGGCUCUUUGGAAAUGGGGCUAUUCCUUCACAAACGGACGAGUACAAGGAGUCGGGGUACGACUUGCGUACUAUAGGUCCUGCAGCGCAGGAGAAAAGGGGACAGGAUGAGAUGGAGGCUAUCUUUCAGAGCCUGAAGGGAACAAAUUAUGCUGCUGGAUGUCCUUUCCAUGCAUGA